ACCAGAGAUCGCUUGUCAAUUACCGCUACAAUUAAUACGAGUACAAAGGGAUUUAUGCUACUCCAUAUUGGUUUUUUUUUUUAACCAAAAUUGACCAACCAUAACUUUUGGUUUUAACAAAUUUUCCCUCUCUUUCCCUCUCUCCUACUCCAACCCUUUUGCCAUUUCAUUCCCUUCUCUCUCUUUCUCUCGUUCUCUGGCCAAAAGAUUAAUUUUUUUUUUUAAAAUGUGUUUUCUUGGCAUCAUCAGAUAUUGGCUUUCUACCUACCCUUGCCAUUGAGUCAUCUAUGGGCCCUUUUCAGGUUUAAGUAGUACCGGUAUUUUAUUUUUCUGCGUCGGUUGCAACUGAAAAAGCAAAAGCUCAAGAAUUGGAUGGAGGUGAUCUGAGUUUAGCUUGGACGUAAAAGUUCAGAUCGCCCGCUGGGUGGUGGGUUCUUGAAUUUAAAAUUAGAUUUUGGCACCUGGGCUUUCAUUGGAUUUGUGAUAUGGGUUGGAGAUAUAAGGCUGGUUUGUGUCUCAUUGCUACCGUUGUUGUCAUUUGGGUCACCUCUGCAGAAGUCACUCAGGGUAUUUUUGAAAACUACAAGCAACCAUUUGCCGUGACAUAUCUUGGGGCUUCUCUAAUGGUGAUUUAUCUCCCACUAGCAUUUCUAAAGGAUUGGAUUUGCAGUCUGAUAAGAAAACGCUCUGGGAAAACUGGUAAAACUGUAGGGUCAAUUGGUGAUUCAUGUGCUGGUGCGGAUUCUCCUUUGAAGUAUAUUGGAGACCAGAAAGUCUUUGAGAUGGAUAUUAAGGGAUCUUUGAAUAGAAAACACAGUGAAGUAGAUCUUUCUGCUCAAGAAGAGGGAAAGCCAUUAGUUUCUAUAUGUACAGAUGGUGCUGAGAAUGCUAAACAAGAAAAAGAGGUUUCCACGAGGGAAAUUGCCAUGUAUGGAUUCUAUAUCGCCCCUAUUUGGUUUAUUACGGAGUACUUAUCAAAUGCUGCCCUUGCACGUACAAGCGUUGCAAGUACAACAGUAUUAUCAUCUACUUCAGGACUGUUUACCCUCUUCAUUGGUGCAUACCUGGGCCAAGAUUCCUUAAGUGUAUCGAAAGUAGUUGCUGUUUUUAUUAGCAUGGCUGGUGUUGCAAUGACAACUCUAGGAAAAACUUGGGCAGCUGAUGAUGCCCAACUUAAUCCUUCUUUAAAUGGCAAACGUACUCUUGUUGGGGAUCUUUUUGGCCUUCUAUCUGCUGUUACAUAUGGACUAUUUACUGUACUUCUCAAGAAGUUUGCUGGUGAGGAAGGAGAAAGGAUUGAUGUUCAGAAGCUGUUUGGAUAUGUUGGCUUGUUCACACUUGUAGCCCUAUGGUGGCUCGUGUGGCCAUUGACUGCCUUAGGCAUAGAGCCUAAAUUUACAAUUCCUCACUCUGCUAAGAUGGAUGAAGUUGUUAUUGCAAAUGGACUCGUAGGAAGUGUUCUUUCGGACUACUUCUGGGCACUAUGUGUUGUCUGGACAACUCCGCUGGUAGCCACCUUGGGCAUGUCUCUUACAAUCCCACUUGCCAUGUCGGCUGAUAUGGUGAUACAUGGACGCCAUUAUUCAGCCAUCUACAUUCUGGGUUCGGUUCAGGUAUUUGCAGGAUUUAUUAUAGCCAAUCUUUCGGAUUGGUUUACCAGAACUUUGGGGUUAUAGCAUAUGCUUAAACUGCGCUUGUUGUGGCACAAGUGGGCAUCUGCAAGGCCACAGGAAAACUGUGCAAUUUUGUCACAAGAUUGUAGCUAUUAUUCCCUUCAUUUUUUCCCUGUACUUGCCGGUGAGUGUCACAACUUUAGCAAGUUGUACCUUUUAGUCAAAUUUUUGUGGUUUCUUAGGACUGCUUACUGUUUCCUCUUGUUCCCUCCAAGAAGCUUGGAGGGAACACAAAAUGAUGUUUGUACAGAUAUACUACAAGUUAAUGUCUAAAUGUUGAGAUCAUUCUUGUCAA